AUGUCGUCCCUCCUCAACCUUGAAGAUGAACUCCCCCAUCAUCGACCUCUCAAUUAUCAUCAUUGUCAAAGUUUUGGAUCAGCACAGCGAACGACUUCGAUAUACUCAUACACUGCAACAUCUUUACUUAGACGUGAUUCUAUAAAUCGCUGUAACACCAUUACGAUGGACCGUCGCCAAUCUUCAACCGACUAUCGAAGGAAAGGAUCCAUGGGAGGAGCCAUAGCGGGGGCCGUCAUAGGUGGUAUCGUAGGGGAGUUUAUGAACGAAAACCAAAGACAAAAAGAGCGCGGAUACGAUGCUUAUCAAGGUGGUCCACCAGCUCAGAGCUCAGGACGAAGAAACAGCGGAUAUGAUAGUCGCUAUGAGUCGGUCACUCGACGUACUACUUAUCACCGCGUCACUACCGAGCCUGCCAGACCACAACAACCACAGCGUCGGGGUUCCUUGGCCAAACGUGUUCGAUUUUCUGAGCCCGGUCCUUCGAUACUGAAGCCUUCGCGACCAGAGCCUGUACCUCAAAGACAACGUGCGAUUGAGAUGCCACGCAGACCCAGUCAAGGAAUUAAUUAUGGACAGCCCUCUGCACUGAGACCUCAUGGACACUGGAAUCCGAAUGGAGGUGGGAAGAACUGGGGAUCGCAAUAUGGGAUGCAAAAGUUUUAG